AUGCAACAGCAACAGCAGCAGCGUCAAUUGUUUGCCGGAAAUUCAAGCCUACAACGAAGGACGAAUCAAUUCUCGCAAAGGCCCCCGAAUCAAACUUUGUCAGGCAACGCUCAGCAAAAGCAACUACUUGCAGCCCCACAAUCCACAGCACAAAUUCUGGAAAAUUUGAACUCCUAUGUCGUUUCACAGCAACAGCAGCAUGAAAAUAGUGAACAGCUCAAAAAGCAAAACCGCAAACAAGCUGAAGUGAUUGAGCAUCAAAAACGAGAUCUAGAGCAACUUCGAUAUGAGCGAGCCAGUAUUGCCGAAAAGCUUAGGCAGCACGAAGCUGUUGUUGAAGGGCUUGAGAUCAGCACCAAAUCCUUCAGUGACAAUUUUGAAAUUAAUCAGAAACAUGUCUUGGAUGCCAAGAAGAAGCUUGACUUUGGAGAAAAGAAAUAUGAUGCUUUCAUUGAUUGGAAAGUGCAAAUGGAAUCGAGAAUAACACAAAUUGAGGAGAAGUAUCAUUCUAAGCAUCAAUUACUUGUGGAGCAGCUGUCAAAGUCUCAGGAUGACAACUCAAGUUUGGAGAAAAAGCAUCAGGAGCUGUCUCAAGAAAUCAAAGCUCUCUCUGAACAAAAUUCAGUACUUCAAAAUGAAUUGAAGGAAAAAACAUGCUCUCUCGACGAUCUUCGAAGCAAACAUGCCGACAUUUCCGCAAAAUUCAAUACGUUGCUGAAAGAAAAGCGCUUGUUGGAGAAGGAAUCAACCAGGGAAAAAGAAGAAAAGGUUCUCAUUGCAAAAUCUUUAGAGGAUCAGAAAACCAGAUUAAUCGAGGCUGAAUUGCAUCUCAAAAAUGUUCAAAUGCAACUUACAGAGCAAAAGGAAAAACAUUGCGAAGCACAACAGAAUCUGGAGAGGAACUAUGAAUCGAAGAUCCUCGAAAUGAAAGAAAUGGCUAAAAAUCAAAAGAAAGCAUACAGCACUGAAAUCGAAUCGAUCAAAUCUUCUCAGAAGCAACAAGAAACAGAAUUGCAGCUUGUCAAAGAUCUAAACUUAAAGUUGAAUGACUUGUACAAGAAGGCAUCAAGCGACAACAAAGUCUUUGAAAAUGAGUUGACUAUAAUAGAGGACAUAGUAUCUAGUUUUCAAAGCUUUGAUGACACGCUCGGACAAGUGUUGCAUUGCUCAAGACUAAGAAAUGAGAAUGUUUUCAUAGAAAAGCAAAGGUACGCCGACUUGUACGAAAAGAAUCAGGAAUAUCUCCGUGGACAAGAAAAUGACUUGAACAUUUUAGACAGAAACCUAUCUCAGUUGGACUCCAUUCUCACAAAUACCAUGACUCAAAAACAAGCUCAGAGUGACAGACUUUUCAAUCUUUCUGCACAGGUGUCAUUUCUUGAGGAUCAGAUUGCCGAAAAAGAUAAUCAACAUCAAAAUAAGACGAUGUCGAAUUUGAAGGAAAUGGAAGAGCAUUUGAAAAAAGUCAUGUGUGAUGUGAAGCGCGAUCAUGAAAUGGAAAUGAAAGCCCUGUCGGAAGAACAUGAGCAGAAAGUAAAACAGUUGGAAACAAAGCUUGCUCAAUCGGAAUCUUUCCAAGAAAAAUUCCAUGUGCAAAGUGUGGAGCAACAGAGAAUCUUGGAAGAAUUAUCCUGUGCCAAAACUCUAAUCAAGAAUUUGAGAGAUGUGGAAAGUAACCUCAAGGGAGACAUAGAACAGCCUAAAACAGCAGGGCCUUCGGCACCGUCCAAACAGCCAACAAAGUCUUGGAACGCAUUACAGCAAGAAACUUACGUAGGAGAAUCCAGAGGAGGUUCCUCCAGGGACGUGAAUCAAAAACAGUUUUCAAAGUGCGACAGAUUUUUGUCAACACCAGAGAGGCAGAUUCCAGCCCAGGACCUGACACCUGCUACCAAUGUCAAGAGCACGAACAAACGCAGGAGGGGAUACUUGGAUGUCAGCAAGAAGAAUCUCAAGGAGGACAUCUGCAGUGAAGUCGUAACCAAAAAAAUGCCCAUGACGACUAAAGCCAUUGCCACAAAGCCUACAAAUGUUGCUCCGAUCGGUCGCCGUUACACUCGCAGACGAAACAAGGUUGAGCAUCAUUCUAGCGGAAGUCAGGACUCAUUCAACAUUUUCGACAACGACUGCUGA